AUGAUGCAUAUUUUUGUUGGUGAUGAUGAUGCGACGACACUGCUUCAAGAGAAGAGGGGAAGGUGGUGGGCAUCCAAGCAACCAGGCAACCAGCAACCUCCCCGAGGCAUCCUGAAGAUUGGUACCACUUCUUGUCUCUUUUUUGUCGCCAGAACUUAUUAUUGGUACAAUCUCAUGCAAAUCGCAUACAAGUAUCCCCCACCAGCCCAGCCCAGCCCAGGCACUGUGAGACAUUGCCUCUGUUCAAUGUCUCAUUCAAAUUCUUCCGCUGUGCCAUUCCGCGGCGCAACUCUGGAGUGCGCUACCAGGCUAAUUACCAGUUAG